GUCUCUGUUUUCACUGUUGUCACUGUUGUCACCGCUGUCACGGUUGUCACCGUUGUCACUGUUGUCACCGUUGUCACUGUUGUCACUGUUGUCACUGCUGUUACAGUUGUCACCGUUGUCACUGUUGUCACCGUUGUCACUGUUGUCGCUGUUGUCACUGCUGUGACAGUUGUCACUGUUGUCGCUGUUGUCACCAUUGUCAUUGUUGUGACUGUUGUCACCGUUGUCACUGUUGAUGUGGUUGUCACUGUUGUCACCGUUGUCACUGUUGUCACCGUUGUCGCUGUUGUCGCUGUUGUCGCUGUUGUCACUGCUCUCACAGUUGUCACCGUUGUCACUGUUUUCACUGUUGUCACCGUUGUCACCGUUGUCACUGUUGUCACCAUUGUCACUGUUGUCGCUGUUGUCACUGCUGUCACAGUUGUCACUGUUGUCACUGUUGUCACCGUUGUCACUGUUGUCACCGUUGUCACUGUUGUCACUGUUGUCACUGUUGUCACAGUUGUCACUGUUGUCACCGUUGUCACUGUUUUCACUGUUGUCACCGUUGUCACUGUUGUCACCAUUGUCACUGUUGUCGCUGUUGUCACUGCUGUCACAGUUGUCACUGUUGUCGCUGUUGUCAUCAUUGUCACUGUUGUCACUGUUGUCACCGUUGUCACUGUUGAUGUGGUUGUCACUGUUGUCACUGUUGUCACCAUUUUCACUGCUGUCACGGUUGUCACCGUUGUCACUGUUGUCGCCGUUGUUACUGUUGUCACUAUUUUCACUUCUGUCACAGUUGUCACCAUUGUCACUGUUGUCACCGUUUUCACUGCUGUCACUCUAGUCCAUGUUGUCACCGUUGUCACUGUUUUCACUGUUGUCGCUCGUGUCACCGUUGUCACUGUUGCACCCUUGUCGCUGUUGACGUGAUUGUCUCUGUUUUCACUGUUGUCACUGUUGUCACCGCUGUCACGGUUGUCACCAUUGUCACUGUUGUCACCGUUGUCACUGUUGUCACUGUUGUCACGGUUGUCGCUGUUGUCACUGCUGUCAGAGUUGUCACCAAUGUCACUGUUGUCACCGUUGUCACCGUUGUCACUGUUGUCACUGUUGUCACUGAUGUCACUGCUGUGACAGUUGUCACCGUUGUCACUGUUUUCACUGUUGUCGCUGCUUUCACCGUUGUCACUGUUGUCACCGUUGUCACUAUGGACCUUAAGAUACCCUGGAGGCGGUGGUAAAGAGAACGGAGAAAGCCUGGAGCGAGGACGCCGCCAACUUCGCGGGAAAAACAAAUUAAGAUUGAGCAGGUUGGGUUGAGUGCUCGCCUGACGAGAGAGGAUAAAGUAAUGCUUUCGUGUUUUAAUUCCAUAACUCGUGAAGUCUUGCUUGAUUGAUACCUUAACGAUCUUUUAUUGGAAGAAAAAUUUGUGCUGCCGGCUAUGACUCCAGUUUCUCUAAAAAAACCCGAAUUUCUUCGAGGGAAACUUGAGGGUAUGAUCGGAGUUCAGGUUAUCAGCUAUUUGUUUGUUUUUUCGCUUUCCGUUGUUCUAGAUCUUUCUUUAAAACGAUAUGGUUCUGUUACGAGAACGUCCCGUACUAAGGCGAGAUUUUGGUCUUCAGACCGCUCCAUCGCUGAACUGAAAGUAAACAAAAUAAAAUUAUAAAAGUUAAUAAAUGAACCAUGGCGUCUUGUUCAAGAUCUCAAUUUUCUCCGACACGUUUAAGUUUAUUACAAGCCUAGAUUUUUUGUUUUUCAACAAUUUUUAUUCCACUUCUUGUCUCAUAAAGUUUUCAAAUACUAUCCCAAAGCGAGAACGUUGUCCCCUUAAAAACAAGCAGUUAUAGUGUUACAUUUGUGUCGAACGACUCAGCACUUUCAUUCUCACCUGCCGCCAAAACACUGAACCCAAAAGGCUUGAUAGCAAAAAAAUAAGAGGCAAUCUUGAGAGAACACCUCACUAAAAACACUUAAAUGUGUCUCUUGAAGUAAAACGGAUCGAAAAUCCUGUACGAAAAGGAAUUUCUGCACUGAAAACAAGAAAACAAACUCACCGUUUUAAGAGGCGGCCAAACUUCUAGUUUUCACCGUCGCGACUUCAGGUCGACGCUGUGGCAUUAUGCUAAUUAGUUCCAAGAAUUGAACAUUUCACUUCCGGUUAACGUCCUCCUCGGCCGCGUCCAGAGUAUCUUAAGGUCCCUACUGUUGACGCGGUUGUCACUGUUGUCACUGCUGUCACAGUUGUCACCGUUCUCACUGUUGUCACCGUUGUCACUGUUGUCACCAUUGUGACUGUUGUCACCGUUGUCACUGUUGUCGCUGUUGUCACUGCUGUCACAGUUGUCACCGUUGUCACUUUUGUCACCCUUGUCACCGUUGUCACUGUUGUCACUGUUUUCACUGUUGAUGCGGUUGUCACUGUUGUCACCGUUGACGCUGUUCUCACCGUUGUCACCGUUGUCACUGUUGUCACUGUUGUCACCGUUUUCACUUUUGUCACUGUUGACGCUGCUGUCACCGUUGUCACUGUUGUCACCGUUGUCACUGUUGUCACUGUUGUCACUGUUGUCACUGUUGACACUGUUGUCACUGUUGUUGCACUUGUCACUGUUGUCACCGUUGACACACUUGUCGCUGUUGUCACGGUUGUCACUGUUGUCGCUGUUGUCACUGUUGUCACUUUUGUCACCGUUGUCACUGUUUUCACCAUUGACGCUUUUGUCAUCGUUGUCACUGUUGUCACCGUUUUUACUGUUGUCACUGUUGUCACCAUCGACGUUUUUGUCACUGUUGUCGCUGUUGUCACUGUUGUCACCGUUGUCACUUUUCUCACUACUUUCACUGCUGUCACGGUUGUCCCCUUGUCACUGUUGUCACUAUUUUCACUGCUGUCACGGUUUUCACCGUUUGCACUGCUGUCACUGUUUUCACUAUUGUCACUGUUGUCGCUGUUGUCACUGUUGUCACUGUUGUCACUGUUUUCACUGUUGUCAACGUUUUCACUUUUGUCACUGUUGACGCUGUUGUCAGUGUUGUCACUGUUCUCACUGUUGACGCUUUUGUCACUGUUUUUGCUCUUGUCACUGUUGUCACUGUUGUCACCGUUGAUGCAGUUGUCACUGUUGUCACCAUUGUCACUGUUGUCGCUGUUGUCACUGUUGGCACUGUAGUCACCGUUGUCACUGUUGUCACUGUUGUCACUGUUGUCACUGUUGUCACUAUUUUCACUGCUGGCACAGUUUUCACCGUUGUCACUGUUGUCACUGUUGUCAUGGUUGUCACUGUUAUCACUGUUGUCACCGUUCCCACUUCUUUCACUGUCGUCACCGUUGUCACUGUUGUCACCGUUGUCACUGCUGUCACCGUUUCACUAUUGUCACUGUUCUCGAUGUUGUCACCGUUGUCACUGUUUUCACUGUUGUCACCGCUGACGCGGUUGUCACUGUUGUCACUGUUGACGCUGUUGUCAGGGUUUUCACCGUUGUGACUGUUGUAACUGCUGUUCCCGUUAUCACUGUUGUCACUUUUGUCGCUGCUGUCACCGUUAACACUGUUGUCACUGUUGUCACUGUUGACGCUGUUUUCACUGUUGUCACUGUUGUCACUUUUGUCACCGUUGUCACUGUUGUCACCGUUUUCAGUUUUGUCACUGUUGACGCUGUUGUCACUGUUGUCACCGUUGUCACUGUUGUCACUGUUGUCACUGUUUCAUUGUUGACGCGGUUGUCACUGUUGUCACUGUUUUCACUGCUGUCACAGUUGUCACCAUUGUCACUGUUGUCACCGUUUUCACUGUUGUCACUGUUGUCAGUUGUGUGACAAUUGUCAUCGUUGUCACGGUUGUCACCAUUGUCACCGUUGUCACUGUUGUCACCGUUGUCACUAUUGUCACUGUUGUCACUGCUGUCACAGUUGUCACCGUUGUCAGUGCUGUCACCGUUGUCACUGUUGGCACCGUUGUCACCGUUGUCACUGCCUUCACUUCUGUCACUGUUUUCACCGUUGUCACUGUUUUCACUGUUGUCGCUGCUGUCACCAUUGUCACUGUUGGCACUGUUGACGCGGUUGUUACCGUUUUCGCUGUUGUCUCUGUUGUCACCGUUGUCAGUGUUGUCACUUCUGUCACUACUGUCGCUGUUGUCACGAUUGUCACCGUUGCCACUGUUGUCAAUAUUGUUAAUGUUGUCACUUUUUUCGCUGUUGUCACCGGCGUCGUUUUUUUGUCACCAUUAACGCUGUUGUCACUGUUUUCACUGUUUUAACUGUUGUGACCGUUUUCACUGUUGUCACUGUUGUCACUGUUUUCACCGUUGUCACUAUUGUCACUUCUGUCACUGCUGUCACUGUUGUCACUGUUGUCACCGUUGUCACUGUUGUCACUAUUGUCAAUGUUGUCACUGUUGUCGCUGUUGUCACCGUUGGUACUCUUAACACUGGUGACACUGUUGUCAUCGUUCUCACUGGUGUCACCGUUGUCGCGGUUGUCACCGUUUUCACUGUUGUCACUGUUCUCACCGUUGUCAUUGUUGUCGGUAUUGUCACUGUUGUCUCCGUUGUCACUGUUGUCACUUUUGUCGCUGCUGUCACCGUUGUCACUGUUGUCACCAUUUUCAAUUUUCACACUGUUGAGGCUCUUGUCACUGUUGUCACCGUUGUCACUGUUGUCACUGUUGUCAACGUUUUCACUUUUGUCACUGUUGACGCUGUUGUCACUGUUGUCACUGUUGUUGCUCUUGUCACUGUUGUCACCGUUGACGCAGUUCUCAUUCUUGUCACCCUUGUCACUGUUGUCAGUGUUGUCACCGUUGUCUCUGUUGUCACCGUUGUCACUGUUGUCACUGUUGCCACGGUUGUCACUGUUCUCACUGUUUUCACCGUUGCCACUUCUUUAAGUGUGGUCACCGUUGUCACUGUUGUCACCGUUGUCACUGCUGUCACUGUUGUCACCGUUGUCACUGUUUUCACUGUUGUUACCGCUGACGCGGUUGUCACUGUUGACGCUGUUGUCAGU